AUGGCUGCUGUUACGGAAAAGCCCACCUCGGGCGAUGCUGCGAUUUUGGCGGAGAGACAGGAUGAUUCUUCGAAUAGGCCGUCGUCGCGCGGGUCUGUCACUGAUCGGGCGAAUUUGCUGGGGGCUACUGCUGAGGAGUUUCUCGAGGCUGAGGAGUAUGGACGGACGAUUGAUCUCGAUGAAGCGAGGAAGCGCGCCGAGACGUUGCUUUACUUUCACGAACAUGAUCCCAACUUCAACACGGAUUCCAUCAUUCGCCUCCAAGACUUUGUUCAAAAGGAGGAUCUCUUUGAGAACCCCGAGAAGCACGAUGACCUCAUCAGAGACAUCAAAACCGAAGUCGCCCUCCUGACCAUGAACUCACCCUACGCUGAAGUUCGUGCAGUCGUCAGCAACAAAGACGACCCAUCAGCACCUGCCAGCACGAUACGAGCCUGGAUCAUCGGUCUAUUUUUUGUCGUCGUACAGAGCUUCGUCAACCAGCUCUUUUCAGUUCGUCAGCCAUCCAUCAGGCUUCAAGCCCCGGUUAUCCAGCUUCUUUCGUAUCCUCUUGGAAAGGCCUGGGAGAAGUGGCUGCCUACCGGGGAGUUUACUUUUUUUGGUUCGACACACAUGUUGAACCCAGGUCAUUUUAACCAGAAGGAGCAUAUGCUGAUCUCGAUUAUGGCCAAUGUCGCAUCGAGUUUGCCUCAUUCACGAUACAUCAUCUUUACUACUUGGUUGAAGAAGUACUUUGACAUGCCCUUUGCAGCAGACUUUGGAUUCCAAGUUUGCCUCUCGCUGUCGAUGAACUUGCUCGGUUUCGGACUCGCAGGGCUUGCUCGACGAUUCUUGGUUUAUCCAUCGUUUUGUAUCUGGCCUCGCUCGCUGGCCACCGUUGCACUCAACCAGAGUCUUCAUGAUGAAAGCAAUACUGUGGCACGAGGUCCAUUCAACAGGAAGUACAGCAUGACGCGGUACAAGUUCUUCCUUGCGUCAUUCGGCGCCAUGUUUGUCUGGUUCUGGUUCCCCGAGCACAUCGCCUCUGCUCUGUCUCUGUUUAACUGGCUGGCGUGGAUCGCACCAGACAACUUCACUCUCACGGCGAUCACUGGUGUCAAGAAGGGUCUCGGCCUCAACCCAUUCCCUACCUUUGAUUGGAACAUCGCUACUUACAACGUCGAUCCAUUGUUGGUGCCAUUCCACGUCACCUUCAACAUGUUCAUCGGUUGCGUGUUGGGCGGAAUCACCAUUGCGGGAAUGUACUGGACAAACACCUUUAACACGGGAUAUCUGCCGAUCAACACAAACACCAUGUUUGACCACACUGGUGGAAAGUACAACGUGUCGUCGAUCCUCGAUGAGAACGGGUUGUUGGACGAGAGCAAGUACCAGGCUUAUAGCCAAGUCUACAUUGCCGCUUCCUCAGUCACCUAUUAUGCCGUUAUUUCUUAUGCGGCUCUGUAUCACUGGAAUGAUAUCAAAAUGGGCUUCAAGUCUCUGCUGGAGAGCUUCAAGAAGAACGGCAGGGUCAAUGAGUUCAAGGACAUUCACACAAGGCUCAUGGAGAGCUACACCGAGGUCCCAGAGUGGUGGUACUUGAUUCUAAACGUCGUUGGAAUUGUCCUUGGUAUCAUCGCUGUCGCCGCUUGGCCGACAAACACAAGUGUGGGCACAGUCUUCUUUGGUAUUGCACUGGCAAUUCUUUUCACCAUCCCGACUGGUAUCAUCUUUGCUACAACUGGUAUUGAGGUCGAGUACAAUGUUCUUGCCGAGUUCAUUGGAGGAGCGUGGCAGCCCGGCAAUGCUUUGGCGAUGAACUUCUUCAAAGGCUUCGGUUAUGUGACUGUCGCUCACGCCCUGGACUUUGCCAACGAUCUCAAGCUUGGCCACUAUCUCAAGAUUCCCCAGCGCCAGACCUUUUGGUGCCAGACAGUUGCGACUAUUGUGUCCGCCUUUGUCUGUACCGGUGUCAUGAACUUUCAGAUUACCAGCAUCCCCGACAUUUGCGAAACCAACCAAAAGGACAAAUUUAGCUGCCCUGGAGUCGAGAGCUACUUCACUGCCGCUGUCCUCUUCGGUUCCCUGGCACCCCGUAGAGUGUUUGGAUCAGGCGCUCAGUAUACUGCUGUGCUCGCUGCUUUCCCCGUCGGCCUGGCCUUUCCAAUUAUCUACUACUAUGCAACCCGCAGGCUCCCCAAGAAGCAUUGGCUCACCAAAAUCCACCCCGUAGUUAUCUUCAGCGGUGGUCACGUUUGGUCGCCUUACAACUUGGCCUACAUGUGGCCUGCCGUCAUUCCAGGCUGGUUGUCUUGGGUCGUCAUCCGUAAGAGGUAUCUCACUUUUUGGUCCAAGUACAACUAUGUGCUAUCGGCAGCUUGGCAGACUGGAAUCGCACUUGCGGCCCUUGUGAUCUUCUUUGCUGUGAGCUAUCACGGUGCGGAUAUCAACUGGAUUGGAAACAGUGCGGAUAGUGGUUGCGAGGUUGACGCUUGCACUCGACUCAAGGUGCCCGAGGGCGAGUUCUUUGGGCCACAACCUGGGACUUUUGCGGGAUAA